AAGAAGAGCCCCGGUGUUGCGUCUUCCUUGCUGGUCGAGGAGGCGGGCCUGCCAAAUGGUGGCUGGUACGGGGAACUUCCACGUCUCUCCGUCUCUCUGUGGGGCUCAGAACUUUCUGCAGUCAGGGGGUAUACCGGAUCAGCAAGAUCCGAUCUGGGUGCCUGAAUGACUGGUGAGAAAGGCUCAAAGCCUUGUGGAAAGGAGCGGGAGCAAAGGAGGCUACUGGGGACCCUGAGCCUGAUCGUCCUCAGUCUGACCAGGACGGCGACACCAGAACAGAUGGGGGAUCCUAUCGGGUUCCCGAAGCCGAUGCCGAUCCGUCAUGAUGCCCAAGUAUUUCCUCGCCUCUUCGCCACCAACCAAAAGUUAAACCCACCCUUCCUCCCGUUAGAUGCUGAGCUAGCCCCCAUUGGGGAGAAUAGAUCAUUUGGGGAAGAAGGAAUGUUGUGUUUUACGAAAAGAGAACAGAUGAACACUUCUUGUAUAACAUUGUCCAGGUUUUCUACUGGAUGGUUUGAUGGUAGGAAGACUUUUGGUCGACAGAACAGUUCUACAAAUAAUAAUGAUAAUAUUACUACCAUAAUCAAAAUUAUACAGUCAAUGCAGUUUGGUUUAAUGGAUCUUGGCCGUGGACUCAGCCUCUUAACUCAUCAACUCCCACCCACUCAACCCAAGUGGGCCCCCUAUUGUUGGGGCACUUAUGAGGGCGAGACUUGGCCUUGGACAGGGUGUCAAUCUAGAGGGAUUAGAUGGGCUGAGAACUCGGGGAAGUUCACUUUCUCCCCUGAUGUGGCAGGGCCUGAGAGAUUUAUACAAGGUUUUCUACAACAAGAAGAAAAUUUUAAUCCCUCCGAUUCUUGGUUGCUUUGUGGGAUUAAUGGUAGCUGUUUAGAUGCUUCCCCUCUAGUUAUGAUUAAUGGUGGCAGUUAUGGAGUAGGAAACCUUUCUUGUGCAAGCAAUCAUUCUCAAAUAGGUUUUGGAGAGAGGGCAUCUGAUCCGUUUAAUGUAAGUAAAAGAUGCUAUGGGGUGAUACAAGAAUUAGCUUCAACCAUUCACUAUCCUUCUACCCCUGUCUGUGUGUAUCCCCCUUUUAUGUUUAUAGUUAGCAAUAUAAGCUUAAGAAAUUGCAAUAAUGAUACCUGUUUUUAUACUCAAUGUUGGAAUGCUUCUCGGUAUAAUCUUGCUCUUGUGGCCCGUGUUCCCCGAUGGGUCCCAGUGCUGGUGGAUGCUCCUAGCACCAUGAGCCUCUUUAGGUAUAAAAGGGAUUUUGGCAUCACAGCAGCCGUUGUCACGGCAGUUGCCCUAACAGCCACAGCAGCUACGGUUGCGGCUGUGGCCAUGAGCCAUACCGUCCAAACAGCUCAGAUGCGCUGACCUCAAGAAGAGCAAGUCUGAUUGCAUGUGGGUUGGUACCCUAAC